AUGUUCUCUGUCAGCCAAAUUAUUGCCUUGGCUACGGCCUUGUCUUCUGCCUCUGCUGCGUGCGUUCCAAGGGGAAGCUCCGGCUCCGGCUCCGAGACGACUCCAACUUCGGCUGCGCCGACGACCACCUCGUCUUUGGUCGCCAGCAAUCUCCCGGUUCAAGCUGUUUCUACCUCGGCCUCGAGCGCUGCCCCGACCAGCUCUGCAGCUGCCGCUUCGUCCUCCUCAUCAGCAUCCAGCGAUGGCACCAAGUAUUUUGCCGUGUUUGGUGACUCGUACUCGUCAACCGGCUUCUACAUCGAGGGAGGCUUCCCCUCGGCCUCAAAUCCUUUAGGAUCAGGCGGCUCCACCACCACUGGCGGUCUGAACUGGGUCGGCAUGGUGACCGAGCAGCUUAACAGCUCCCUGGUGCUUACCUACGACUUUGCUUAUUAUGGCGCUGACAUCUCUAAUGCCAUUAUCAACACUGGCGUCACUACAGACUUGAUUGCACAGGUGGGCGAGUUUGAGGACAACUUGGUUCCCGCCCCGACCGAGGCUCCGUGGACGGCUGAGAACCUGCUUGUUGCCGUCUGGAUAGGCAUCAACGAUAUUGGUCAAUGCUUUUGGCAAUCUUCUCAGUAUACAACAUGCCCCAUUGAUGAGGCACUGACAAAGUACUUCGAUCUGUUGCAAAACUUGUACACAGACGGCGCGAGAAACUUUGUGCUCAACACAGUUCCGCCCUUUUACAAGGCGCCAGCGUUCAAGGACCAGUCUGAAACUUCCGUGGAGGGGCUCAUCUCCAACCUCGACUCGUUCAACUCCAAGCUCGCCACGAAGCUUGCUGACUUCAAGUCCAGCAACACCGGUGUCACUGCUCAGGUCUUCAACACCACCUCGUAUUUCUGGGAGGUCUUCAAUGACCCGACCUCAUUCGGCCUGGACAGUGACAUCACAGCUGCGAAUGCGGACGGGACUUCUGCCGUGUGGUAUGACAACUACCACCCUGGACAGGCUAUUCACACUUUGGUUGCCAAGGGAUUCGUGGCCGCCUUGGCGGACUUCUUUUGA